AUGUCGCUGCCUCGCGCUCUGCAAGGCGGGUUUGCUCCUUCGGAACUCCAGUUCGGCCCAGAACAAGAUGUCCUCGUCGAGAUCGUGCCGCUCUUCCGAAUGCAAACGCCGUUCCGACUGACAGGCAAAUUGAACGGCAAGAGUCGUACCGUCGGCCCUUUUGAGCCUCCCAGACGAGCUCGAAUACCACUAUGGCUGGCCGUCACGCUCAAAAGGAAAAGGAAGUGCCGAAUCGUCGCGCCGCCAUGGAUGCUGCUAGAGAAAUUAGAGGAGCUCUUGCGAGAGGACACGACAUCGCUGGGCUUCAGUGCGCUGCCAUUCUGCUAUAUGGAGAUAUCGCGCGUGUUGCUCGAGGUCGCCUCGGACGACAUCCCCGAUGCUGCCAGGAUACGCAUGAUCCUUAAAGACCUCCGAGAGGUCAGGCAAAGCAAGACACGCAGAGGUGUCGAAGCAAUCAAUACGACUCAUCUCGAGAUGACCAACAUCUCCCAACUCGAGCUCAACGAGAUCCGGCCCUUCUUCACGCUAGCAAUGAAGCGGAUGAUUGCACUCGAUCCCGGCGAUCCGAGUGGCAAGAUUCACGACGAGCUAUGA